UCGUCCUCACAUCCAGUCCACCAUCUGCAUCACUGCGCCGGUGGACUCAUAUCACUCGCGGCGAGCGCCGCCUCCCCUUUCACUUCAUUCACCCCUACUGCAUCGCACUGUGCGCCCCUGCGCAGCACAGCCGUCACGAUGCCCAAGCGCAAGCGUAUGGAAUCGCUCGAGUCGGUGCUGGCCCGUCCGGCCUGCUACUACUGCGACCGCGACUUCGAUGACCUGAAGAUCUUGAUUGACCACCAGAAAGCCCGUCACUUCCUGUGCCAGGCGGGCAAUUGCAACCGCAAGCUGGGCACCAUCGGCGGACUGCGCAUCCACAUGCAUCAAGUGCACAAGGAAGAGCUGCAAGAAGUGCCGAAUGCCAUGGAAGGCCGCAACAAUCUCGCCCUUGAGAUUUUCGGCGAGCUCGGUGCUCCCGAAGAGUGGAAAGAGGCGCGCACCGCAAGCGUCACACAGUAUUACCAGGGCCUGGCCCGCAAGCACUACCUCGAGACCGGCAACCCGCUCCCUGGUCAGAUCCCGCCAGAGGAAGCCUCCAAGCCCAAGCGCCCACGUCUCGAGGACGAGAUCGCGUCGGGCAGCCUCAAGGCCCAAGUGCAAGCACGCAAAGCUGCUCGCGAGGCUGAGAGGGCCAAGGCCGCCGCCGCUGCCGCUGCUGGUGGAAGCCUCUUGACUCCUCCCAAUGGCACGAUGGCAACUCCACCAUCCAGCAUCACUGCCGCUGCGAUGCCAUUUCACCCAGCUCCCUUCGGCGCUGCCCCAACUCCUGCAUCGCUGCCACAGGGCAGCUCACCAAUGAAUUUCACGACUCCAGCCGUCAACUCCGUCAUCUCUCCACCACCCGGGCAGUACCCGGCAACUGGCUAUGGUCUUCCUCCUGUGCCGCCCCCAUCCAACGGUGGCUAUCAGUUUCCGCCACAGGGCUCUCACCCGCUUUCGCUCCACCAACCUCUGCCCCAGCCUGUGCCACAGCCUGUCGUCGACGAGGCGGCCCGAAAGGCUCACGCUGAGCUGCAAACCAAUGAGUUCUUGGCCUCUUUGGGCGCUUCACAGCAAGGUGACAUCGCUCCAACUGCAUCCGCGCCGACCACCCCUCAGCCGCAAGCCAUCGCUAAGCCGAAAUCCGUCGCCAAGGACGAGGACUUGAAGUUCAGCGAUAAAGUUUGCAGCUGGGAAGAGAAGCGGUAUCGUGCUUUGGGAUAUGGUCUUAACACUGACGCCGCCGCGGGAAUGCCUACUGUUGGAGCGCCAACCGACAACGCGACUGGCACUGUCGACCAAAUUUCUGUAUAGUAUCCAGGAGAUCCGGUCUGCUGUUUCGGCCCUCCCUGCUGUUGGCCUGAUGAGCACAAAGCCGUCACUGCCAAGUCUUCUGCUCCGGCUGCUGUGGGAGUGCCAAUCAACGAUGCUUCACAUGGCAAUAAGUACAAAUUCAACGGCAAGAACCCGCCACAAGGAAAUGAAGAGGUCGCUGAGUUUCUGGCGGAUAUCAGGGCCACCGGAGGUCUCAUGUGCAUCGGCAUCCUGCCCAUCAGCUUCAGUGAUCCUGUCGUUCCGGCUUCACCACACUUCCGACCAAUCGAGGAAUGGUCGCAAGAGGAAAUCCAGAGGCUUGCUGAGCUCCUUCAGAGCGCCAAGGCCGCCGACGGAGGCUGCUGAUCCGAUCCCUUGUCGUUGCGUCAGCAGCCCCGUCGCGAGAACGCCGACUAAACACCCCUCUGAGCAAUCAGCUAAGUUGCAGCGACCCGACAUGACGACUCGUCACCCAAGGCUGACACAACAACCACGAAGGCUCCCACUUGGAGACAUGAGACCACGCGGCCUCGAAAUUCGAUGGAAGUUGGAGAACAAUGGCAGGCGCAAGGUUGACCAGCUAAGUCUAAGCUUGCUUUCACAUGGCUGCCACUGACACGGAGUGAUACUCACUGACGGCACAACAUCACGGUGCACGCAGCCCUCCUGUCCGGGCACGUAUAAUUCCCAAAAUACACAAAAAAAAAGCACAGCGCAAUUGAACCGCGCAAGGUAUGCGGCUCAUACACAGGGACACGGCACGGUUUUCGCUCGAGCGAUGGAAGAACAGUACCCCGGACUUGCUCUCAUGUACUCCACGAGAUGCUGCUGUCUUGCCACACAUGGUGGCAAAGACCGGAAGCAGAGUGGCUUUUUGUAAGUGUGUUACCGCCAUGAGCAAUCAAAGGUAACUGCAGCAAGCAGAAGCGUGAGUGGCUUUCAUUAGUUCAGAAAAUUCAGAAAAUACCAAAUGCAGUAACGACUUGAAAAAUCCG